AUGUCUUCAUAUCCUUUCAGCCAGUCUUCUCCUUUUCUUGACCUGUUGAACAGUCAACAGGAGAGUGCGGCUACAUUCCCCUGUGUCCCACUAGAAUCUUCGCAGCCUCCAGUCUUCUGUUCUCAAGGGUUUCAGGGAGAUGUAACCUUCAGUGAAGAGAAGGAGAAGGAGAAGGAAACAAGCUCCAGGAGGGUGUGGACGCCUAGUGAUGAUGUGCUUCUGAUUAGCUCUUGGCUCAACACGUCGAAGGAUCCUGUCAUCGCAAACGAGCAGAAGUCAGGUACUUUUUGGAGGAGAAUUGCUGACUACUUCAAUGGAAGCCAAAAGCCAUCAGAGUUUGUAAACCGGGAGCCCAUUGCGUGUAAACAAAGGUGGCAGAAGAUAAAUGAAGCAGUUUGCAAAUUCUGUGGUGCCUAUGAUGCUGCAACAAGGCAGAGAACAUCUGGCCAAAACGAUAGUGAUGUUCUAAAGCUUGCACACGAGAUUUACUACAAUGACAAUAAGAAGAGGUUCACAAUGGAUCACGCCUGGAAGGAGCUUCGUAGUGAUCAAAAGUGGUGUGAGCAGAACAGCUCCAAAAUCGAUGGAGGUUGUAAACGACGAAGGGUUGAAGAUGGAGCUCAGUCGGGUCCAGAUGAAGAGGCCGAUGAAGUUCAAGCAGGAAGCAGGCCUCCGGGUGUUAAGGCCUCAAAAGCCAAAGGGAAGAAGUCAGGCUUUGAGAAAGAACUGGCCAUAAAGGAGAGAAUGUCGAAGAUGUCAUUGCUUGACCGUCUCAUCGCCAAGAACGAGUCCCUGACAGAGUUCGAAGAAGCCAUGAAGCAGAAGCUGAUAACAGACUUGUUGAAUGCAUAA